AAAACCCAACACACACACAAAAAAAAAAAAACACAAACUCUCAACUCAAGUCUCAGCCAUACCAAACACAACCAAAUCCAAUUAUGAAAUCAUCCAAAAAAAAACAUAUUAUAACUUUAAGCCACUGAACCUAAUAAGUUCCUUUCCCCGGUCUUGUCUCUGUUUCACCUUCUUCCACAAUCACUUUCACAAACCACUUCAAUUUCCGUCGUUAAUUUAUUUUUAAUUUCUCUUUCUCUUCCACACCCAGUUUCUCAUUCAGUUACUAUUCGUUAUUAUAGUUAAAAAAAUUCCAUCUUUUCAUUAGCUACUUAGAUCUGGUUUCUGACCCAUUAACAUUUUUACAUGGAGCGAAGUGAAUGAGAUUAAUGGGGUUCUUUUUUUCGUGGUUUUGAAGUGCUUUAGUAGAGAAAGUUUCAAUUUUGAUGUGGCGGUGUUAGUGUUGUUGUUUUUUGUGCAUGUGAAAAUGGAGGCUAGGAUGAAGAAGUUUAGACAAGUGAGUCCUGAGAGGGCUAAAGUGUGGACUGAGAAAUCACCAAAAUACCAUCAGAAUCUUAAGGUAGCUGUGAUUUAUUAUCUUUGUCGAAAUAGGCAACUUGAACAUCCUCAUUUCAUGGAGGUUCCACUUUCUUCUCCAGAUGGUUUAUACUUAAGAGAUGUGAUUGAUAGACUAAAUGUGUUGAGAGGUAGAGGCAUGGCUUCUUUGUAUUCAUGGUCUUGUAAAAGAAGCUACAAGAAUGGAUUUGUGUGGCGUGAUCUCUGUGAAGCUGAUCUAAUUCUACCGGCUCAUGGAAAUGAGUAUGUCCUCAAAGGCUCCGAGCUCUUUGAUGAAUCAAAUUCAGAUCGUUUCAGUCCAAUUAGGGAUGUUAAAACACAAAGCGUGAAGCUGUUGACGGGGCCAGCUUCUUGUCGGAGUCAUGACGAAGCUUCCUCCUCUUCUAGCAUGAACGGAAAAGAGACAAGACACUCCCAAGACGACGAGCUUUCCCAAGAACAGCAUACAGGUUCCUCUGAUGUUUCACCAGAGUCAAGAGCUGGAAAGAGCAAUCCGCUAAGCUUGGCAUUGACAGAGUACAAAAUUUUCAAGACUGAUGGAUUGGCAGAUGCUUCAACUCAGACAGAAGAAAAUAUUAGCAGAUCGAGGACUCGGAAAACUUGCACAAGGGGUGUAUCGACCGAUGACGGUUCAUUAGAAUCCGAAUGUCAUGAAAUAUGUCAAACCGAAGUUCCACAAGUGAAACAUAAUCCAGAAAUCUGCAAGGAUACCAUUUCUCCUUCUCCCACAACUUCAAGUCCUUUAUCUUUUGGAGGAAAGACUGAAACUUUGGAAUCUUUGAUUAGAGCUGACGCUAGUAAAGUGAACAGCUUUAGGAUUCUUGAAGAGGAGGACAUUCGUAUGCCAGCCAACACAAGGCUGAAGGCUUCAAAUUUGCUGAUGCAACUUAUCUCUUGUGGAUCAAUAUCAGUGAAAAACCACAGUUUUGGCCUUAUUCCUUCGUAUAAGCCUCGGUUUUCUCAUUCGAAAUUCCCUUCGCCGUUGUUCUCAACUUCUUUUGUGCUAGGGGAAUUUGAUUGCUUGACAGAUAAUCAAAAGCUUAUGAACCUCAGAUUGGAAGACAAAGAAUAUUUUAGUGGGAGCUUAAUUGAGACAAAACUGAAGGAAGCAGAAACGCACAAUGUUCUGAAACGUUCUUCUUCGUACAAUGACGAGAGGACAUGCAAAGAACAGAAACCAAAAGAAGACAAAGAGGAAUCAUCCUCAGGACAUUCAAAAUGCAUUCCGCGAUCAAUUAAAGCUUCACUGACCAAGCAUCCACGAAGCGAAUCCAUGAGAUCCCCUAUUUCUGAUGGACCAAGAAACUCAUCCGAUAGAAUUGACGGCUCCGCCAUAUCCUCAAUAUCAUCUAACAGUAGCAGCCAAAGAAUCACUGAACCUUCGUCUGGGAAGAAACAAUCCAAGAGGAUAGAUUCGUUUCGGGAAGAAGAGGUGAUCAAAAUCGAAGAAAGGCUUGCUUCGGGAGCUCGGGUUAUAAUCCAAUCGAAACCCUUUUGCGACAUGGCAUCCGGAAGCUGUUAAAAGUUUUAAUUUUAAUUGUUUAGACAAUAGCAAAGAUGCUGGUUUAUCAGCUUUAGUUUUAACUCAACAUGAUUGUAUAUAAUUUGGUAGGUGCAUAGGACUUUCUCCUAACCCUACAAUGUGAAGUAUUUUGACAAUGAUUCGUGGAAAAGAAAGAGAGGUAGUAGUGAAGGUUGGUCCUAGUGGUCGGUUUCCUAUAACUAUAUUGUGCUGUUUAGAGAGGGACUUGUUAUGCUAAAAUGAAGUCAUUGCACAUGUUGUAGCUACAAGGCAGUUCCUUUUUUAUUAAUGUGGACCACUACAAUUUCUAACCACA